ACGGAAAGCAGCUGAGAGAAAGGGUAGUGAAGACAAGAUGGCGGAGUGAGUGGGUUGCGCUUUCUACAGCCGGUUGCGACCCUUGAUGUUUGCUGAAAACUCCCGUAAAUAACGGCAAAGAUUGAAAAGGCAACAGUACCAUCGGAGGUUUAAUUAAAGGGGCUGUUUUUGCUUCUCAUCACGGAGGAGGUCCGGACAUUUUUCCGCGGCGGUCCUUGCGACGGCGUUAGCUUGAUGCUAACGUGAGCUAACGUUAGAGCUCACUAGCUGCUACUUCGAGGUAGCUGGGUGUCUGUUGAAGGCCGUAAGCUUUUUCGGGUUUAGUUUUGGAUGUAUAUACUUCAAUACUGACACGGCAUUCCGUGUUUUUGGAGGUUUUAUUUGGAAGAAGAUCCAUUGUAGACGGUAGCCUAUGAAAAAAGCCAACAGAAGAAAUCAGCUGGGGUUUUCCGUUUAUUGUCGACACGUCUUUUUGGAAUACAGCUAACAUUAGUCUUCUUGGUUUCGUCAACGCCAACUGGACACACAGAACUCUGUAUGUACCGCUGACAAUCGUGCUAGACUGCUACACAGUUUUCCCUAAAGUGAUCAGGUGGAGAUUAUCAUCUGCUGGAUAUUAUGGCGAGUAGCACUGGCUCCAAAGCCGAGUUCAUAGUCGGUGGGAAAUACAAGCUUGUCAGAAAAAUUGGAUCAGGAUCUUUCGGUGACAUAUAUCUGGCCAUCAACAUCACAAAUGGAGAGGAGGUAGCUGUAAAACUGGAGUCACAGAAAGCCAGACAUCCACAGCUGUUAUACGAAAGCAAGCUGUACAAAAUUCUACAAGGGGGGGUCGGGAUCCCACACAUCAGGUGGUAUGGCCAAGAGAAGGAUUACAAUGUCCUAGUGAUGGACUUGCUUGGACCCAGUCUGGAAGACCUCUUCAACUUCUGCUCUCGUCGCUUCACCAUGAAGACGGUCCUUAUGCUGGCAGACCAGAUGAUCAGCAGAAUUGAGUAUGUACACACAAAGAACUUCAUCCACAGAGAUAUCAAACCAGACAACUUUCUCAUGGGCAUUGGCCGUCAUUGUAACAAGUGUUUAGACUCGUCAGUGGGGAAGAGGAAAAGAAGCUUGGCUGUUAGCUCUUCUCAGGACCCACCUUUCUCAGGAUUAAACCAGUUGUUCCUUAUUGACUUUGGCUUGGCAAAGAAGUACCGAGACAACCGAACACGGCAGCACAUCCCCUAUAGAGAAGACAAGAACCUGACCGGCACAGCACGCUACGCAUCCAUCAACGCACAUCUGGGCAUUGAACAGAGCCGCCGCGAUGACAUGGAGUCGCUGGGCUACGUGCUGAUGUACUUCAACAGAACCAGUCUGCCGUGGCAGGGAUUAAAGGCUGCCACAAAGAAGCAAAAGUAUGAGAAAAUCUCAGAGAAGAAGAUGUCCACCCCUGUUGAGGUCCUCUGUAAGGGUUUCCCAGCAGAGUUUGCUAUGUAUCUGAACUACUGCCGCGGCUUACGCUUUGAGGAGGCUCCAGACUACAUGUACCUGCGCCAACUGUUCCGCAUCCUUUUCAGGACUCUGAACCACCAGUACGACUACACAUUUGACUGGACCAUGCUGAAACAGAAAGCAGCCCAGCAAGGGGCCUCCUCCGGGGGCCAGGGCCAGCAGGCACAAACCCCCACAGGCAAGCAAACUGACAAACCCAAGCCUAACAUGAAAGGUUUCUGAGGCCCACAGCAGGGUGCAGCAGUGUUGGUGACCAGGACCAACAAGUCUCUUCCUGGACAAGCGACAAACAGAAAGUCUGUGUCCCCUUCCAUAAUAACUAUCUAUGUAAUGGAAAUGUAUAGAUUAACACACGCCUUUGUCAGCUGUGUCAUCUAUAUAUUCAUAUGUAUAUAUAAUAAAACUCUGCACUCCGAAAGAAAAGGAAGAAUGAAAAAGCAGGUUUUUUUGGAUGUGGAGGCUGUAGCCCCCUGCCCCCGACCCCCCCCCCCCCCCAUCCAUCCAUCCAUGUCUCUGUCCUCCUUUCAGUGUUGACUUUUUGUGAGGUUUCUUUGGAAACUGAAGUUAAGAAGAUAAGUCAGCUGACCCUCUUUUUUUCUCCCCCAGUGGAAGCCUCUCAGCAUCUUCUCCCCCCCUUCACUCCUCAAUUUUUUCACUCCCUCCUUUCCAAGCAAAUGUUAAAACAUGUAAACAUGAAAAUUGUUCUCCCUUUUUGUUUCUGAAAUAAUUGAAUGAUGCAACCCUGGAUGUUAUUUACUAAAAAAUCAAAAUGUUGGAUUUUCUUUCCUGUUUUCUUUUUGUUUUCCUAUGGUGAUUAGGAGUUUGCCUGUCGACAAUAUAAGCAGCGGAUGGCAACAGUCAAUGGUAGAAUGAUACUCUGGCUCUCUCCCUCUCUUUAGAGCUCUGAAUUAUUAUUAAAUCUGUUGUAAAAUGGUCUUCUCCAAAAUACCAAUAAAAACAUUACAUAACUCAGA